UUCAAAAAAUAUCGAUAGAAAUCAAAAUGUGCAAUCGAUGAAAAAUGUUUGGAUCAGUCUACAAAAAAUAGCUAGAAGAAAUUGAGCUGAGGGAUAUAGAACUUUCACGGUGAUACCGCCACCAUGGCUGGUAAUCUUGCCCGCCUUGGUCAUCGUGGCUUCCGUCUCUUCGGACUUCCACCUACCACAUCCUCUUUGAGAUGGAUGUGCUCUCCUGCAACUGUGAGGAGUGAGCCAGUAACUGUUCGUAUCACAGAGGGCUCAUUGUAUGUGAGCAUAUUUCUCAGGUCUGGAGGAACUAGCCGGAUGAUUAACCGAGUGCGGACGGAUCCGUUUGAAGGGACCCUUGAGCGCAUCGGUCUUCUAUCCACAGUCGCCACUGGUAAUAGUGGUGGUGAUGCACUACCUGUUGAGCUGCACGAUAAAAAUGGAGAGCCCAAGCAACCAGGGACAUUGAACGUGCAUGCAUUCGACAAUGGUGACGUGCUGAAAAUAGGUGAUGUUGAGCACGUAGUGACCGUGAAUCCUCCAUGCGUGCUUGGAAUUUCCUUCGCGAGCUAUCUUACUGUUGGCGUACAUGUUAACCCGGUCAUACAUUCAGAGCAGUGUGAACCUGACCAGCUGUGCUAUGAGUGGCGGCGAGUGAUUACGAACGAUGAUGGCACAACCCGGGAGGAGGUAAUUUGCACUGAGAGAGAUUACACGCCGACCGAGGAAGAUAUUGGAUGCAGACUUUCACUGUCCGUGUGGCCAAUCAUGCCAGAAGGUUUACCUGAUGCACCGCCGGUGACAAUAUCACCAUUAACAAUUGUGGAGAAAGACACCCGGCAACUGGGCUACGUUGAGCGUGCCAAGCACACUGCUGAGGCGUAUCCAGUAGACUCGGACAAGCUGCGUGUAUUGUCGUACAACAUCCUGGGUGAGAUGUAUGCUGUUGAUCCAACUGGCAAAAACGACAACUACCCCUACUGCGAAGUGAAAGGUGUGCAAACGAAUUAUCGUGACAUGAUCUUAGGCCGUGAAUUGCCCGCUUACAACGCAGAUAUUCUGUGCCUACAGGAAGUAGAGGAGCGGCGGUUUCAUCAGCCUGUGCUGACAAGUUUGCCUGGCUAUGAUGGCAGGACUGCACUCAAGAAGGAGUUACGCGAGGGCAUGAGCACUCUGUGGAGAACGGACCGGUUUACGCACAUGGAGUCAAAGAGCUUUAUUAUCAAGGAGGAAUUGUUUGAGAACCCGAUCUGCGCUAAUUUCUUCCAGCAUCUGCCUUUCCGAAUCCGUAAUGCGUUCAAGUCACGAAACACAACACUGCAACUUAUUCAUCUCCAGCAGAAGAGUGAUGGCCGUGAUAUCAUUGUGGGGAAUACUCAUUUGUACUAUCAUCCAGUUGCUUCUGAUCAGCGUCUGGCCAUGUCAUUUGUGAUCAUGAAGCUGAUGGCCGACUACAAGCAGUCUGUGGCCAAGUGGACAAAGUGUCCCCUGCCACCAGCACUGCUACUGUGUGGCGAUUUCAACGGCAAUCACGAGCGAGCCGUCCAUGACAUCAUCACCACCGGCAGGCUGAGCCAAAGCCAUCCUAAUCGGAUCAGUGACGACAACCGUGAUGUCAUUGAGCACUCCUGUGAGCAUGAGUUGAAGUUUGGCUCGGUGGCACCUCAUGAGUCUGUGCCGUGGUCCAACUUCACAGAGUCGUUCGUGUCGCUCCUCGACUUUGUUUACUUUGAGGAUUGCGCGUUCGAGCUUGAGAAGGUCGUGCCCAUGCCGAGUGAGGAAACAGUGAAAGAGUACACAGCUCUUCCAUCGGUGCGGUUCUGCUCGGACCAUUUGCCAGUCAUUGGUGACAUGAAGUUCAAGAGCAUGUGAUGGCCGAGCAGGCAAAGGCAUUGCAUGUCUUCACAACUCAGUACCGUUGUGUUCUGUAUCCUUGACACCGCAUUGUGGGCCAUUGACAUAUUAUGCCGUCAUGGCAGCUUUUGAGUAUGGGAUUUAGUCUCCUGAAGAGUUCCUACUACAUUGUAUGAUACCCAUUUCAGUCGAGAUGGAAUAAUAAAUAACAUGAAUGACCCAUUACCGUAAAGUACCAUUAAUCCUCCGCUUCCUCUCUAA